AUGCGCGAGUUCAUGGACUAUGUCCACAGCGCGUUCUACGAGGCGACGGGCUGGCGGCGCGACAACACGUAUGCCGCGCUGAACGCCACCUCUGAUGCGCUCCUCGACUUCCCGACCCCGCGCGGCCUGCGGCUGACGCUAUCCUCGCUCGCAAGCCCCAACUUUGCGACGUCAUACCAGCUCGGCUCAGUGGGCGUCGUCGACGGCUCCAUUUCGUACCUCUUCUCGUCCGAGCCACUGCGUGUCCUGCUCACACCGCAGUCGGAGAGCGUGUCGCUGCCGGAGCUGUUGCGCUCGUACCGGCCGCUCUCGCCGCUGCCACCACGACCCGCCGACCCGAUUGCGCGGACCCUUUCCAAUGCGCUGGCGCCGCAGCCGUCGUUGCUCUACGGCCGACUUUACCUGCCGCGGUCGCAGCUGGAAGCCCUCGUGGUGAGGCGGAUAUCCCCGGCGCUGCAGCUGCAGUUCAGCGCCGUGUCGGCACAGCAUCUCAGAGAUGGUGGAACAGCGCUCGGCCUGGCGCAGUACGACACGGGCAGAUAUGCGCUAGAAGGCCUCGCGUCGUCGGACGGCGGGCUGCUGGGAUUCCGGGGCAUCUACAACUUUGGCGGCGACGCCGAGGCGUCCGCGCCUGCAAACGUCACCGACGGGAAUGGCAGCGAGCGGGAGCGGAUAUACGGCCGAUUCAGCACCGGCGGCGAAAUCUACUACGGCACGCUCAACAAGUCGGGCGGCGUCAGCCUGGGGGCGCGGUUCGCGACGCUCCCGGCGCACAAAGGCACGCCGCUGUGCGCGACGCUGACGCUGAAUCCGCUGAUGGGCAACAUUGCGGCGAGCUACGCCGUGGUGGCGGGCAAGCACUGCAGCCUAGCGACGCGCAUGGAGUUCAACAUCUUCAGCUACGAGAGCGGAUGGGCCGUGGGCAUGGAGCUCUGGCGGAAGCCGUUCCGACGACCUGUUCUCGACAACGACGAGGUCAAGCUUCCGACUCGGAGCUUCCAGGCCAAGCUGGAAUGGCGUCUGGACGAGCCACCGACGCUGGUCGUGCCGGCGCCGGAGCCGCAGCCGGCGCCGGUGCCAAGCCAGGAGCCGAUCCAACCGACAGCGGGACAGGGCAGGCACGCGGGACGCGCACCCGGCGGCGGCAGCGGGUCGGAUGAGGAAGAGUACGCCGGGGUGCUCAAGGCGCGGCUGGACCAGAACCUGCGCAUCGGGGUCCUCUGGGAGGGGCGGGUCAAGUCGCUGCUCUUCAGCCUCGGGAGCGGCAUCGACCUGCGCAAGCUGGAUAAGCCGUUCCGGACGCUCGGGCUGGAGAUUCAGUUUUCGUCGUAG